UAUCCGAACAGUGACCUGCGCACUAAGAGACAUUUAAUGCUAAGCACGGUGACGUGCUUUCGCAAAGGUCGUAGUUUUCCCGUCAUCUUUUGUAGUUUUUGCGCCUAAUUUUCGCCAUGGAUAGAAGUCAAACGCCUCCGUCGUCACCCUUCAACUUCUACGGUGCCCAGGACCCGUCCAUGAACGUUCCAUUGACAUCAUCAGGUUCCUCAUUUUCACCAUACCUCAACAUUGAUCCAUCAUACUUGAAUCAGGGAGGAUCAGAAUUCAUUUUCCCAACAGAAAAAAGAACGCGGGGCAGAUUUGAGCUGGCUUUUUCACAGAUUGGCAGUUCUGUGGCAGCUGGAGCAGUCUAUGGAGGAGUGAAUGGUCUGAGACUAGGGUUGAGUGAGACAGCAGAGCUAGCAUGGAGUAAACCUAAAUAUGUUCAGCUGCUGAACUUGACAUUGAAGAGAGGUGCAGCUACAGCUAACACACUGGGUGUCGUAGCCCUUUUCUACAGUGCAUUUGGUGUACUGUAUUCAUCAUCCCUGUUCUUUGAUGUCGAUGAUGAGAGAUCAACCCUUUUGGCAGGAACAUCAACAGGACUUCUGUUCAAAUCUACAGCUGGACUGAAGGGCAUGGCGAGAGGGGGAGGGAUCGGGUUGGGACUGGCGGCGCUCUGGUGUGUGUGGCAGAACAGGGACAGGGUCAAGUCGUCACUAGGGGUGAACCAAACAUUGUAGGAAAAAAGCUCCAGGCAUUUUAAAAGAAAUAUCUUUUGUUGCUUCUUUGUUAUUUGGACUUCCGUACAUUGUUCCCAAAGACACAUUGAAGUUAUAAUCCCUUCAAAAAGAUGUACUUGUGUAAAAAUAUUGUAGAAGAUAAGACCUUUACCACUCAGUUUGCAAUUUGAGCGAAUUUGUCUCUAUUGUAUAGUCCAUUCUCCAUUUCCAAGAUGUUUAGCCCUUUCUCACCAGACCGGAGCAGUCGGAAAUGUAUACUAGUACUGUGCAGAGUAAAUAACAAUCAAUGAACAAUGUAUAGGAUUUCUUAUAGUUUUUUUUUUUCAAUCUUUGGGGUUAAACUUCAUCUUGUAGUCAUACAAGUAACAUGAACCAAGAAAAAAUUGACUACAAACAUCCAGGGUUCUAACUUUCUUCUUAUCUUGUCUUUUUUCUUGUUGAAAUAGCCAGCAUAAGUGUCUCAAAUAAUUUGCUGUAUGUACAUGUGAUAUUUAGGAUACAGCAGUUACUGUGUGGAUACAGACACAAAGUAAAGUGCAUAGUGUUUGAAUCAUUGCUUCAGGAAAAAGAGACUUAGAAAGAGAAAAAUAGCAAGAAACUGAAGAGAAAUGUACAACA